AUGGAAUUGCUUUGUAUCAAAGAAAGUAUGUCCUUGAUCUGCUCAAAGAAACUGGAUUUGAAGGUUGUAAACCAGCCACCACUCCCAUUUACUAUGGAGCAAAACUCAGCAAAGGUGUUGGGGAAUUGCUUCAUGAUUUCUACUCAGUAUAGAAGAAUCAUUGGCAAACUUCUAUACUUGUCUAAUACCAAACCUGACAUUAGCUAUACAAUUGGCAAGCUUAGUCAGUUUCUGGAUUGUGCUACCAAUGCACAUUUAAAGGCAGCUCAUCAAGUACUGCGCUAUGUGAAGGGAUCCCCAUCUACAGGUCUCUUCUUCUCGGCAAAGUCGGACUUGCACCUCACCGGUUUCUCGGAUUCUGAUUGGACCGGGUGCCCUGAUUCUCGCAGGUCUACUUCUGUAUAUUGCUUCUACCUAGGACCCUCUUUGGUAACAUGGAAAAGUAAGAAACAACUCACAGUUGCAACCUUCUCUUCUGAAGCUGAAUAUCGAGCUUUGGCGUUGGCAACCCGAGAAGCUCAGUGGUUAACCUAUGUUCUUCAUGAUCUUGGUGCUCCAAUUCAAAAACCAAUCAAUAUAUACUGUGACAUCAAUUUAGCAAUCUAUAUUGCCAUCAAUCCUGUAUUUCACGAGCGAACAAAGCAUAUAGAAGCUGAUUGCCACAUAGUUUGUGACAAGCUACAAGAAAAACUGAUCCACCUUCUCCCCAUUUCAACCCACAAUCAAGCAGCAGAUAUUCUUACAAAGUCCCUUGCUCCGGGUCCCUUUCAUGCUGCAUAUUCUAAGCUUGGAUUGUUGAACCUUUUCUCCCCCAACAAUGCAAGCUUACAGGAGGGUGUUACUUGA